CUGGCCAUGCAGUGAGACUCCGUGGCCAUCAUGCACGAUUCCCUUUACUCCGGAACGAGGGGACGACUGCUUGCACGUCACUCGAUGGAUGAGGAUGGCUCGCCAGGAAGAGCCGUCUUGUCCGUUUGGUGUGAGGUAUUAUUUAUAUAAAACUGCCGCGUCCUUGCUGCAGAGCAUGCGAUCACUUUCUCCCGUUCCAAUAACUAUGCUCUUGGACUGUGAGCAGAGACAAGCCUGUGUCAGAGUGAAUAGUUGUCCAUCGAGAUGCCGUCUCUCAGGACCCCGUCCCCGCUGCGGCUUGUCACCAAGCCUAUGAGCUCUGGCAGAGAACAGCACCAGCUGGAUCCAAAUGGAGAGAUUACUCUUUUGAUGACCCGGUUUGUGCAGUAUGUCGACGAUAGCUCAGACUGUCAAGCGCCCAAAGACUCAUGUGGAACGAAAGCUAGCAGUCAUAGAGAAGAGGGUAUCUAGUGGAAUCCCCAGUUUCAUAUCCCUCAAGUCUGGACAACGCUAACAACGAUAGGAAUCUCCAUACGUGUUUCAUCUAGGCAUUUAAUUCUUGCGUCGUCCGUUUUUCGUGCGAUGCUUGAGCAUAGAUUCGGUGAAAGCCAGACCCUGCGUACGUUGGGUAGCGUUGAGAUCCCUCUUCCUGAUGACGACCCAGAUGCCUUUUUGAUCAUACUGAACAUUAUUCACGGCCAUUUGCGCCAAGUUCCGCUUCAAGUGGACUUUCAGACGCUGACCCAGCUUGCCAUACUGGUUGACAAGUAUGAGCUACACGAGCGUAUCGAAGUGUUUGCAGGUUUCUGGUUCAAUAAUCUGAUAUCCACUAUUCCCAACUGCUAUACGGAUGAUAUUCCAUCCUGGACGUGUGUCUGCUGGGUCUUUAACAAGCCAGAGGAGUUCAAAAGGGUUACCAGGCUGAUCCUGAGACAUGGACGGGGUACCUUGACCUUCAAUGAGCUACCAGUCCCGUCCUUCGUUGCAGGUGAGCAGUUACCCCUGAUUCACAACUGACCUAGGUAUCAAUGAUGAGUGCAUUGGCUGACUGGCCACAUUGUGGCAGAUGCAAUCAAUAGCCGACGAGAGGAGGCUAUAAGGCGGAUAAUAUCUUCUCUCAUUGGUCAUCUGGAUGACUACCUGGAGAACGAACAUUGUAGCUUCGAGUGUGAUGCUCUGAUGGUUGGUGCCUUGACAAAACGUCUACGGGCAUUUAAUAUCCUGCCACACCGUCCCAAGUCGCCGUAUACCGGCCUCAGUCUCCAAGACUUCAUUCAUCGUUUUCGACAUGGCAUAUAUUUUCCAGCUGCCCAGAGAACGAGCACCUUUUUCUACAGCCACUCGAAGUGUGCCAUCCCUUCUAUUGAUCGCAUGCUGGCAGAAUGUGAACAGCUAUCGGAUGGACUCGAUAUGGCUGACUACAAGUCUGCCCUGACAUUGGCUCUGUGAUUGUAUGCGAGAGGGGUACUUCUAGGCUUCAGGGUAAGAGUACUGUCAUAAACUGUAUAGUGAUGUACAGAGGCGCGUCCAAGUAUUAUUGCUCUGUGACAUUGUUCGAGGACAAUAUUUCACGGUCAUGACGGGC